UCACAAGGAAAUCAUCUGCGAGAAUUCUUCAGUUCUCUUCUCCUGCGUUGGCGGAAACCAAGCCAGCGUCUUGUCAGAUUUCCCUACUGCUUGCGAGCCGUCUGUGGUGUUGCAUGGCCUGUGCAGCCGCCGGACUUACGCUUCGUGCGACCGCCGCGUGGCAGCAAUCCAUCGGCGCACGAGCUGCUAACUCUUCCCGCAAGGCGUGCUUGUCGUCCCUCCGCCGGUUCUCCUUACCUGCCACGCACCACGCAUCCCCCGCACAGCUCCAGCGCCGGGCUAUUCGCGGCAUGGCGUCAGCGGACAAGGAGUCGGCGAGCAAUAACCCCGGGCUGGUGGAGGAGGUGGAUCCGGCCACCAGCAAAUACAUCAUGCAGCAGACGAUGUAUCGCAUCAAGGACCCCAAGGCCAGUCUGCACUUCUACUCCUCUGUGCUCGGCAUGAGGCUGCUGAAGCGCCUUGACUUUCCCGAGGCUAAGUUCUCCCUCUACUUCAUGGGAUACGAGCAACCAGAGGAGAUCCCCACGACGGAGGCGGAGAGGGUGAAGUGGCUGUUCACGCGCAAGGCCACCAUCGAACUCACACACAACUGGGGCACGGAAUCUGAUCCCGAUUUCAAGGGCUACCACAACGGCAAUUCCGAUCCCAGGGGCUGGGGCCACAUCGGCGUUUCAGUAGACGACGUGUACACGGCAUGCGAGCGGUUUGAGAAGCUCGGGGUGGAAUUCGUGAAGAGGCCGGAUGAGGGGCGCAUGAAGGGGCUGGCGUUUAUCAAGGACCCCGACGGCUACUGGAUCGAGAUCCUGGACUCAAACCACAUGGGCCAGCUGCUCUCUGCCUGACACGCCUGGGAUGAGCAUGCAGUACAGUCGAGAAUUCCGGUUGAGACGGGGGCUUGGAAGUGGGUAGAACUUCAGGGGUCCAGCUUCGUGGCUUGGACUUGAUUCAGGGUUCUGGGUCUUCAUUGAGUCUGUUUAGGCAGGUUGCUUUACAUGUGGCGCACAGACUGCGGCGGCCCAUAAAUCAAGUCUUGCACAUGGGGUGAUCGACUGUUGAAGCUGCCGCAAGGAGGGGCUCGUUCUGCCCUGCUAGGAGGUGCCGAGCCAAGUGUUGAUUAGACUGUCGGUCUGUGUGAAGUGAUUUGUCUGCUGGGGACGAUGCGGUGACAUUGGUGGGGGUCAGUGAUGUGAUGUACCUGGGCUGGGCUGGGCUGAUGCUGUGCUUUAGUUGGUUCUUUGGAGGGCCUACCAUAACUGGCUGUAUUGCACCGAAACUUCUCACAUGAAUCAAGCA